CUUCAUGAAGUUUUGCAGCAGGACUGAUGCAGCACAUCAGCAGUGUUCGCCUCCACCUCCAACUCCAACAGCUCUUCACUUACAGAAGUUACACAUCGCCUGCAAAACUCACGUCGCUGAAUGCAACUUUGGAUAAGGGAACUGCUCGUUUACUAGGGAUACAAAACGCGUGUUGAAGUGCACUGGUUUGUGGAGUACAUAGACACACUCCAGCAUCAGGAUGAGAGCGAUUAACUUGGACACGUACAGCCUGUCUUUGCUGACCGCUAAAGAAGACAUCCUCAACCCGCGAGCAUCCACCAACUGGGCUUUAUUUACAUAUGAGGGUGUGACCAACAAUCUCAAACUCACAGAUUCAGGAGCUGGAGGUUUGACAGAAUUGGUGGGGAAACUUCACAGCAGCAAGCCCAUGUACGGCCUCUGCAGGGUGGGACUGACAGAAACAGGACAACCACAGAUUGUCAUGGUUUGCUGGGUUGGUAAUAAUGUGGAUGAGAUCCGCAGAGCUGAAUGUGACAGCCAUGUGCCUGCCAUCAAGACCUUCUUCAAGGAAGCUCAAGUAUUUAUUACAGCCUCAGAGCAAGAUGAGGUGACGGAGGAGGUGAUUAUGGCUGCCAUUGCAAAGAUUCGACCACCGAUGGAGAGGAGGAGGUCCUCAAAGGCGAUGGAUAAGGAGGAGACUGUGGGAACAAACUACAAGAAGACAAAUGCUGCCAUGGAAAUGAGACGGAUUAACAGAGACUCCUUCUGGGCACGAGCAGAGCGUGAGGAGGAGGAGAGAAAGGAGGAAGAACGUCGGAGGGCUUUAGAAGAGCGACGGCGCUGGGAGAGAGAACGAGUUCUACAGGAAAAAAAAGAGGCUGAAGAAAGAGACAGAAAGAUGAAUGAAAAGCUACAGAUGAUUGAAGAACAAAGGAGAGUCCAGGCUCAGCUUGAGGAAGAGGCUAGAAGGGAGGAGAAAUCUAAAUGGGAGCUGGAGCAGAGAGAGCAUGAGGAGGACAUGAGGGCCCGGCUCAGACGCAGCGAGUCUAUUGAGAAAGCAGCAGAGGCAGCAGCACUUGUUUCCCAGCGCACCAUCAAUCCCAGGGAGUUUUUCAGGCAGUUAUCAGCAUCCUCGCAAAAUUCUUUAAGCCCUGGCUCACCACGCUCAGGCAAAUCUCCAUUCCGUCGCUACCAGCGCAGUUUGACAGACACAGCCUUCAUCUUCGAAAGGGCCAACUCCACUUCUGGUCCUCCAUCCCCUCUCAGUCCCUCUGCAAGGUCUCCAUUCUCACGCAGCCAAUCCACAUCCAAAUGUCCAAUGUCCCCACUUAGUCCACCAUACCGGACGAUCCCCUCAGCACCGCGCCCUCAAACAUCUCCUCCCACAUCACCUCCCCCACGCUCUGUCCCACCCGUAUCACCUCUACCGAGUCUGCCUGUCUCCAGACCCCCUCCACCCCUGUCAUCACCACCUGUCCGGCCACCUCCUCAAGUCCCAGUCCAUGAUUCAGCUUCCCCUGCAUCUCCAAAGCUGCUGGACAGUCAUGAUAAAUCUGAAUCUUGCAACUAUGACAGCAGCGAAGAACUCGCUGUUGCAACAGAAAGUCCUCCAGCUUCACUCUCUGAAAACCCACCUCACACUAUAGAGCUUGUAACCAGCUCUCGUAUCCUGUGUGAACAAAAAGCUGUGCUUAUCGAAGAAGAUGAGGAAGAGGUAGAGGAACCAGAGGAACCGUCAGCCAUGUCAGCUCCACCUUCAGAUACAAAGAUCACCACAAACUAUGAACAAGCAGUGAAAACAGUAGAAGAACAGUUGGAGCCCAAGGAUGUGAAGACUGUCAUCAGCCCCCUGGUGGAGGUUGAGGAGCAAGAGGAACCAGAGUCAGAGUCUGAGGAGGAACCAGAGGAGCAGCCUGCUAUAGAAUCGGAGGAAUUCCAGCCAAAUGUGGAGCAUUUAGCACCUGAAAAGCCCAGAAAUGUGGAACUGAUCUCAGAUGAUGUAGCACCUGAAAAGCCCAGAAAUGUGGAACUGAUCUCAGAUGAUGAAGUUGAGGAAGACCUACCAGAGAAUCAAGAGUCGUGUGUGAACGUAUCAAAGUAUGAUGUGAUGAAUGAAGAAGAUGAAUCUGAAUGUGGCAGACCACUGAAUGGUACAGGAGAGGAUGUUGAUGUAUCUGAGCACAGCACACCUGAGCGGUACUGUUAUACGGUUAAUCGUGAGGAGGAAGAUGACGACGAAAUCCAGACGGAUACGGUGACCGAGAAUGGCAAAUCAUCACCAGAAAGACUUCUCCGUGUGAGAGCGUUAUAUGACUACCAAGCAGAGGAUGACACUGAGCUCUCCUUUGAACCUGGUGACAUCAUCAGCGAUGUGGAAACAAUCGACAAAGCGUGGUGGAGGGGCUCCAGCAAAGAUGGACGCCAGGGUCUCUUUCCUGCCAACUACGUAGAGACCAUCUAAAGACUUUUACUUUUCCUCUUCCCCCUUUUCGUUUUAUCAAUUCUCAGGGACUAAGAACCACAAAACCUGGUCUAUGAGGAUGUACCAUGUACUCUGAGACUAAGAGUCACAAGAAAAGGGUUGGAAGUAAAGCAUUCACAGGCACAACUUGGCCAACGAUUCCUUGCGUUCCAAAACAAGCAGCCAAAGUCGACAGUUGAGACUUUAAUGAUCAUCAUCUGCUAGACUGAGGAGGGUUCUCACGUGAUGUGAGCCGAGAUACUGAUCAAGUACAAUUUCUGUUACAAUUGUACACAAAUUAUCAUCGUUUUAUUAUUUACACAUUACAUCAUUUAUUAUUUUACAUACCGUUGUUACUGUUAUCAUUACUAAAUGAUACCAAAGGUGGUGGAGGUGUCUACUGGAGAACAGAUUUCAGUUUAUGUUGAGGCCUUUUCACACAUAAAUCCAACUUACAUUCACAUGUCAGUUGGUCUUGAGUAUAAUAGCUUUUUUUUAAAACUAGUACUGUCAUAGUACCAGUAAAAUGUGUUGAUAAUGUAGUUGAAAUAGUUAUAACAUGCCAUGUUUUUUAAAGCAGAGAUGUUUACAGCAUUCUGAAUUGUGUAUGUCAUACCUGCAUACAGUAGAUAAGUUGUCAUCGCCCAAACCAAAUGAUUUGAUCAUAGCAGACCCUUGAGAAAUUGGCAGUGAAUUAACUGUAACUAGUAGGUCUUGCUUUUUCAACCUUUGAGAAAGGUACUUACACUUGUUUUAGUAUAACAUUUUAAAACCCUUGCUAUUAUGGAAGCCAAUGCAAAUGAAUUGGUUAAAAAAAUGAGUGUUAUGUUAUCCUUAAAGGAGUAGUUCACUUCCGGAACAAAAAUUUACAGGUAAUAUACUCACCCCAUGUCAUCAAAGAUGUUCAUGUCUUUCUUUAUUCAGUCGUAAAGAAAUUAUGUUUUUUGAGAAAAACAUUUCAGGAUUUCUCUCCAUCUAAUGUGUGGUGCCUCCAAAUUUGAACUUCCAAAAUGCAGUUUAAAUGGAGCUUCAAAGGGCUGUAAAUGAUCCCAGCCGAGGAAUAAAAGUCUUAUGACAAAUGACAAUUUAUAUACUUUUUAACCUCAGUGCUUGUCUUGUCUAGCUCUGUGUGAAGUGACAGUUAGGGUACGUCUAAAAACUCCUGUCUCAUAUUUUGCUCCAACUUCAAAAUCGUCCUGCGUCACUGUUUUUGUAAAGGCUGUUUGAUCUUUUUUGCAUGUUCACUUUGUAAACACUGGGUCGGUACUUCUGCAGCGAUGUAGGAUGAUUUUGAAGGUGGAGGAGAAAAUGAGAUGGGAGUUUUUAGACGUACCCUAACUGUCAUGACGGGAAAAAAACAGUUCACAUAGAGCUAGACGAGACAAGCGUUUGAGGUUAAAAAGUAUAUGAAUUGUAAUUGUUUAAAAAAACAUAACCAAUCAUUUUUCCUCGGCUGGGAUCGUUUAGAGCCCUUUGAAGCUGCAUUUAAACUACUUUUUGGAAGUUCAAAUUUGGGGGCACCAUAGAGACACCAUUUUGGUUGCCUCAAAAAACAUAAUUUCUUUACGACUGAAGAAAGAAAGACAUGAACAUCUUGGAUGAGUACAUGAACAAGAGGGUGAGUACAUUAUCUGUACUUUUUUGUUCUAAAAGUGAAUUAAUCCUUUAAAGGGAUAGCUCACCCAGUCAUUAUCAUUAAUUACUCACCCUCAUGUCGUUCCAAACCCGUAAGACGUUCGUUCAUUGCAGUUAUGUUGCAGGGUCAAAAAGCUCUUGGAUUUCAUCAAAAAUAUCUUGUGUUCUGAAGAUGAACAAAGGUCUUACUGGUUUGGAAUGACAUGAAGGUGAGUAAUUAAUGACAGAAUUUUCAUUUUUGUGUGAACCGUCCCUUUAAGACUAAACUUGCUUUGAACCUUCCGUCAAAAUGAAAUUCUUUCAUAUUUCUACCAUUUCAAAGUCUGGGGUCGGUAUGAUUUUUUAUGUUGUUGAAAGAAGUCUUGAAUGCUCACCAAGGCUGCAUUUAUUUGAUUUGAAAACAAAUGUUGAAAAACAGCUGUGCUGCUUAAUAUUUUUGUUGAAACUGAUUCAUAUUGUGUUUGUUUUCAUAUGAACAGAAAGUUCAAAAGAAAUCUUUUGUAAAAUUUUAAAUGUCUUUACAGUCACUUUCGAUCAACUUGUAUCCUUGCUGAAUAAAAGUAUUAAUUUCCUUCAAAAAAUAAAAAUCUUACUGACCCUAAACUUUCGAACGAUAGUGUACAAUGAGACUCUUGUGUAAACGCUAUCGAAUACACAUUGUUUUUCUAUGUAAUUUAUUUAUCUCUGACCAUGAACGUACAUAUUGUUCCUUCUCGAGACGCUCUGUCUAAUCCAUUUUGUGUAACCAGAUUUCAGUAAUAGGUCAUUUUUCGGCUAACAAAGUUCUUUUGUAGUAGUGGGGAAGAUCAAACUAUAAAAGAAUCACCAACACUUUUAACUUUACUCUAUGCUUUCUGUUAGAAAUGUCUUAUUGUAAUAAAUAAUGAGGUUGUUGUUUUUUCCACAUUCUGCAAUAAUGUUUUUAUGUUUUUGAUUUGUUGCACAGCCAGUACACUGCCUUCAUACUAUUCUGAGUAUCAUGAUCAUUAAGAAACCAUAUUCACAACGUGUAUUAAUGCAUGAGAUCAAAUUAAAGGGAUUCACUUCA